AUGCCGCGCUCACCCGGGCUCUUCCUUCUGCUGCUUGUGCUGCAGCCGCCGCCGGCCGCGGGCCUCGGGCUCCGCAGCGCAGGCGGACGAAACCCGCAGUGCGGUCCGUGCCGACCAGAGCGCUGCCCCGCCCCCGAGCGCUGCCCCGUGCCUGGCGUCGUGGCGCGCGACGAGUGCGGCUGCUGCGCGCGCUGCCUGGGCGCCGAGGGCGCGAGCUGCGGGGGCCGGGCCGGCGCGCGCUGCGGCCCAGGGCUCGUGUGUGCGAGCCGCGCCGCGGGGGCCGCGCCCGAGGGCACCGGGCUCUGUGUGUGCGCGCAGCGCGGCUCGGUCUGCGGCUCCGACGGCCGGUCGUACCCCAGCGUUUGCGCGCUGCGCCUGCGCGCCCGCCAGGCGCCCCGCGCGCUCCCUGGCCACCUGCACAAGGCGCGCGACGGCCCCUGCGAAUUUGCUCCUGUGGUCAUCACCCCACCCCAGAGUGUUCACAAUGUCACCGGGGCACAGGUGUACCUGUCCUGUGAGGUGAGGGCUGUGCCCACCCCAGUUGUCACGUGGAGGAAGGUCACACGGUCUCCUGCAGGCACCCAGGCAACGGAGGACCUGCCUGGGGACCAUGUCAACAUAGCCGUCCAUGUCCGAGGGGGCCCUUCUGACCACGAGGCCACCGCCUGGGUUUUGAUCAGCCCUCUGAGGAAGGAAGACGAGGGGCUCUACCAGUGCCACUCAGCCAACGCGCUCGGGGAGGCCCAGUCCCAUGGCACCGUGACCGUGGUCGAUCGGAGUCAGCACAGAGCACCCCGCUUCCCAGCUCCAGACGACCGCCUGUGA